AUGCCUCCGAUAAGAUUCUUUAAUUUUAUAAUUAAUAUUAUUAAUCGGUUAUUUCAAACAAAUAUUCGUUUGUUACCACCACCACCAGAACAACAGUCAUCAGAUUUUACUACACCUACACGAAAUGUACCAGAGUCAAAGCUUACUUCAGAGUCUAGGUUUACAACAACAAAAAUUGUUUCACCUUCUGAUGCGGAUACAAGAGGUUUUGUUUUUGGUGGUGUUGUUUUAGGUUGGAUAGAUCAAGCUGCAGGAACUUCAGCAAAAAAGCAUGCAGUUUUUCCAUGUGUUACAAGAAGUGUUGAUGCUGUUCAUUUCAUGCAACCAAUUAAAGUUGGAGAUUUUUUAAUUAUUCAAGCUAGUGUAAAUAGAUCAUGGAAUACUUCAAUGGAGGUUGGUGUUCGUGUUGAAACUGAAAAUCCAAUAACUGGAAAAAGAAAAUACUGCUGUCAUGCAUAUUUGACAUUUGUGGCUUUAAAUCCUGGUGAUAAAACUGCUUUAGGAAGAUUUAGAUAUAAUAAUUCUCCAGCAAAAGUUUCUCAGCUAGUUCCAAGUACAACAAUUGAAAUGGCACGAUAUGAACUUGCUGAAACCCGUCGACAAUCUCGUAUAUUUUCGGAGUAG